AUGAUGACUACGCCGCUAAUUUUAUUAUAUCGUCAAAAACCAGCUAAAUCAAUCCGAAAAAUAACAUUUAAAAAAGAUGCGCGACGUACAUUAACAUCAAUCCGUCGUACGAUUCGAAAACAACGUUAUCGUAAAGAUCUUAAAAUGGCUGCCCUACGUCGUGCUAGUGCUCUUCUUCGUGGCCAAAAACCAGUAGUUGUCAGUAAACGUGUAACAAAAACAACAUAA